AUGGGGAGGAGCGCACGGCGGUUCAUCUUGCUAACCUUCGCCUAUGCAUUUUCCUUCUGCUUUGCUGAAGUGGCUCUGGGGGUUGAACUGUCUCCAGAAACCAUAUCCUUCCACCAUACGGCUACCUCUGCUCAGACACUUUCCCUUUAUCAUUCUUCACCCCAUCAAGACACCACAGUUCAUUUUAACAGCACAGGCUCUCUUGAAACAACACCCAUAAGCCGUAGAACAGCUGAGCAGACAACAGACCAGCACCAGGUAACAACAUCAGACCAUCACACAACAUCCCAGGAAGAAGCAACCACCACACAAGUUACCAACCAGAAAUCUCCCACAGUAGUAUCCACAGCAUCAGCAGACAACACAACUACAGCUGGUCAGGCUACAACCCAGGCAAUGGAAACGGUUACACCUGCAGUGAACACAACCAUAGCCCCUAUGUCCUCAACCAUGCAAACCAGAACACAUGUGAGCACAGAAAUGACAGCAGCAGCCACAAACUGUACAACCAUGCAAGAUACAACACCAAAUACGCAAAUGACAGCAACUGCCCUAACUACUACAACCACCACCAAGCAAACUGUGAAGACCACCACAGGGUCAGGAAAUCAAACAGCAGCACCUAAAAGUCCAACAACCACAGCCAUGACCAACACAACAACCAUUCAUCCAGGGACACAAACAACUGUCCCAUCUACUACGACGACAGUGAAACCCACUCCUGCACCACAACCUUCUCCCAUCCCCACUGGCACAUACACCGUUUCCAAUGGGAAUGGGACCUGCAUCAAGGCGGUCAUGGGAUUGCAACUGAUGGCUCAAAAUACACAGAAGAAGCAGAUGGAGUACAUGGCUGUCAACCCCAACGCGACACAGACAUCUGGGAGCUGUGGGACGGUGCAGUCUGAGCUGAACAUAACUUUCAAUGGAGGGUUUAUAAACUUCACCUUUGUAAAGCAAGCUCCAAUGUACUAUGUCAGUAAAAUUGAGACCAGAUUACAGUUAUCCUGUGAAGGUCAGUGAUUUUACAUUGUCUUAAUUUCAUAUCCGACUGUUCUGGGUCUGGGAUAG